AUGAGGAAGACAACUGUGCUCAUUAUCGGGUUAUUAGUGAGAAGCAGGGACAAGAGUCAACAAGGCCGUGGCAAGCCUUAUGAUGUUUCAUCUGGUAAAGGGAAGCAGAAAUCUACUGGGGGCAAUAGAACUAUUAGGGGAGAUGCUCCUGCUAGUAUUGUGUGCUUCAAGUGUGGCAAAGCUAAUCACAAGAGCCCUGUGUGUAAUGCUGGUACUAAGAGGUGUUUCCGUUGUAGUAAGAUUGGACAUGAAGCGUCUGAAUGCAAGCAUAAGGAGAUGGUUUGUUUCAACUGCGGUGAAGAGGAACAUAUUGAAAGCAAGUGUCAGAAGCCCAAGAAGGAGCAAGCUAGUGGGAAGUUUGCCUUGUCAGGAAGUCGGACCACUAGUGAGGAUGCACUCAUCAGAGGUACAUGUUUCAUUAAUAGCAUUCCUUUAGUUACUAUUAUUGAUAUUGGUGCUACUCAUUGCUUUAUCUCUACUGAUUGUGUUGACAGAUUGGGUCUUGUGUUGUUUGCUAUGAAUGGCGAGAUGGUUGUCGAUACUCCUGCUAAGGGAUCGGUAACUACUUCUCUUGUGUGUUUAAAGUAUCCCGUGUCGAUUUUUGACAGAGACCUUGUUGUUGAUUUUGUUUGCUUGCCAUUGAGAGGUUUGGAUAUGAUCUUGGGUAUGAACUGGUUGGAGCAUUACCAUGUUCAUAUUAAUUGUUAUGAUAAGUCGGUGAGGUUUUCUUCUCCUGAAGAGGAAGGUGUCGAGUUGUUGUAG